AACCUUGCUGUGACGCGUCGCGCAAAGAUACAGAAAAUUUAUGGUAGUAAUUCGUGAUUUUCAUAUUAAAAAGAAAUUAACAAACAAAUAAAUCUUAAUUAAUACCUCACCAAUAAAACUGCGUUUGGUUAGCACAUAAAAGUGUAGCAAGAAUAUUAAAACAAAAAGUGGAAAAUCCAAAAACUCAGCAGAAAUUGCAUUUUCACAUUCCAUUUUGUGAUUGGCAUUCGGAACAGGCAGCGAAUUUAAGAAUCAAGAACGAGCAGGUAGAAGGAAAAAGGAAAAACCAGGCAGGCGCCUCAGUUGGAAGCAACAGAAACGUAGGAGAGAGGCGCAGUCAUCAAAUUUGAGUGAAGUUGAGGUAGCAUUGGAGGUGCAUAUAGCGUAGUCGCGAACGACAACGGCAACAGCGGCUGGAAGAAAGAAGGGGUUAACAUUUGGAUUGUGCUUCCGAUUUGUGAUUUCCAAGAAAAAUAAACUGAUGAAGUGAUAAGUCAAAUAACUUAAUGAGAAUACUAACAGCGUGAAGAAGAAGCAAAGUGCAAGUAACGAAAAUUUACCAUAUCGUAAAAUAUUCAGAACCAAAGUAGAAGGUCAGAAACAAUAUUUGCCAAUACCAUUUAGAAGCGAACGACACAGUAAUCGAGAGAAUUAGAAACAAAAGUGUGACUGUAAACGCAAAGUGAUUACGGUAACAAAGGAAAUUUGCAAUUACGUUUUCAUUUGUAGUACACGACGACGCAUAAAUUUGCGAGCCAUCUCUUAUUAGCAACCAUACAUAAUAAGAAGCAGCUGAACACGUCCAUCUAUUGUUAACGCUAUGCGUGAGUACAAAAUUGUUGUGCUGGGCAGUGGAGGUGUGGGCAAAUCCGCCUUAACCGUACAAUUUGUGCAGGGAAUAUUCGUAGAGAAGUAUGAUCCCACAAUAGAGGACAGCUACCGUAAGCAGGUGGAAGUAGAUGGGCAGCAAUGCAUGCUGGAGAUACUCGACACUGCUGGUACAGAACAAUUUACCGCAAUGCGUGAUCUUUAUAUGAAAAAUGGACAAGGCUUCGUCCUCGUAUAUUCCAUAACAGCACAAUCAACAUUCAAUGAUUUACAAGAUUUACGCGAACAAAUUCUGCGUGUGAAAGAUACAGACGAUGUACCUAUGGUGCUGGUGGGUAAUAAAUGUGACUUGGAAGACGAGCGUGUCGUGGGCAAGGAACUGGGUAAAAGUCUAGCCACUCAAUUUAACUGCGCCUUUAUGGAAACAUCAGCCAAAGCUAAAGUCAAUGUAAAUGAUAUUUUCUAUGAUCUGGUAAGGCAGAUCAAUAAAAAAUCGCCCGAAAAGAAACAGAAAAAACCUAAAAAGUCCUUAUGUGUUCUACUAUAAGACUACAAUUUUAAAACAAAUUUAUAAAGGAAUUAUGGUAAUGAAUGAAGAAAAUAAAUAAAUAGUGAGGAUCUAUAAGAAAAUAUUUAAGUACCAAGGAAAAUUUUGAGAAAAGCAUUGCGAUUAAAUGUGGAUUUUUACGCAGUCCACCUUCCUUCUCGCUGUCUCUCUUUAGAUAUAUAUAUUGAAAACAAAAAAUGGAAUACUUGUAAUAUGAUGGUAUAGACAAAAAAUAAUAAUUAAUUACAUACAUUCACUCAUGGGCGCAUAUUUUAGAAUGCCAAGCUAAUUUGUUCAUUUUCUCAACAAAACAAAUUAAUAUUGUUUCCUCUCAAUAAUAUACCUUAUUCUGUAUGAAACCAAAAGGCAAGUCUAAGCGCAAAAAUUUAGUAGCGUUUAAGUGAAACUCCAUGUAAAACAAACUCAGUAAAAAACAGAAAGCCGCGUUGUCGAAAUAAUUCAAAACCGUUUUUACAAUUUACAAAAAAUACUACUUUGCUACUAUUUUACAAAUUUACAAAAUAUCUAUAGCUAAGACAAAACUUAAGCAGAUGUUAGUUUUGAAUUAACGCUUGUAAGUAGGAAAGGAAUGUAUAUUAUGGUCCUGGUAAAGUCAAAACGAUCUUGCACACUUUUUACUUAUGCAGUUAAAACUAUGUUGCUCGUAUGAUUUCAUACAAAAUGUUUCAACGGUUGUAAAGUUUUCUUAAUCAUGUUCUUAUUGCUAUUGCUAUAAAACUUCAAAUUCCAUUUAUGUGACGUAAAAAUGUUUUUGAUUACACUCUUGGUAUAUUUUUACGUUAAAACUGAAAUGUUGUUAGCCAUAACCGAAAGUACGUAGGCCAAAUCGUAAUAGUUCGGGUAACCGUUUUGACUUUAAAACCUAAGCGAAGUAAAUGCCAAGCAAAUAAAGAAAAUAUAAAAAAAAAUUAACGGAUGUAAAGUGAUGAGAGAAUAAGAAUUUUUGCCAUUUAAGGCACAUAUUUGUAUGUACAAUCCAAAUAGACCGGCACUUUUAUUGCUAGUCUUCUAUCAAUUUCGUUUCGCCGUUAAUUAAUGAUUAUAUAGAAGUAAUGUAACAGCACUGUCAAAAAAAAUAACGAUUCCCAUGUGCCCUAUAAAAAAUGAAAACCAUAACAAAUCAGUUUAUCGUACUCAUGCAUAAUAUAGUCGACCCCAUACAUCAAGACCAGAGCAGUAUCCGUGACAAAAGGAAAUACCUGUUGCGAUUACCAGACCAACGAUCCCUUCACGAAACAAUCAAAACACAUACAUACGUAUGUAUGUGAAAUACAUAGUAGCCACUUUUUAUUAAUAAAUUAUUUGAUUAAUAAAUUGAUGUUUUCUAGCAUUAUGAAGAAUUGUAUAAAUCUAAAAUAAAUGUAAUGAAACGUUGCGUAACAAAUUAAAAUGGUAAAGACUUAAAAUCCCCGUAUAUUUUGAAUUUGUUUUUAAUUGCUGCGUGGUAUAUGACACAUUUUUAGUAACAGCAAAACAAAUUUAAUAUGUAUAAUGAUCUAAAAAAAAUUGUGAACGGUAAAAAUAAUUUAAAAAAAUUGCAAAUCGCAACAAUAUAAUAUCAGAAAAUAGAAGCAAAUGCAUAAAUCAAGAAUUAAAGUGUAACAAAAAGAAAAAAAUAAGAGAAAUAGAUUUAUUAUCUUCUAAAUAUUAAUUAAAUGUAUUACGUUUAUAAUAAUAAAAGCAAAAAAAAUUGAAAAUAUUAAA